GCUACACUGUUCUUCAUCACGGCCAUGGCUUUCUGCAAACUUCUGCUAACUGUGUUGGUACUGCUGCACAACAGUGGUGGUCUACUGGGAAAUGAAGUGAGGAGCUCCAUCAUUGGUGCAGAGGAUGCCAAAAAGGAAAGUUGGCCAUGGAUGGUUCACCUCAACAUGACAGCUAAUGAUUCGAAAACGAAGAAAUGGGGCUGCGGCGGCACCAUCGUUGCAAAGCAGUGGGUGCUGACUUCUGCACAGUGCGUGGCUAAUUAUGAUUAUCGUCGAUCGUUCGUUGUUAUCGGCUCAUAUCAGCUGCAAAAGGCGGCUCACCGUUACAUGGGUAUAGCCAAUAUUGUUCCAUACCAACACCUGGGCAACAGCAACUAUGAAAAUGACAUUGCUCUGAUCAAGCUGAGGAAACCGAUUACAUUUUCAAAAGAUGUUGCACCAGUGGCUCUGCCUGACAAGGAUGACACCUUUGGUCCAUCAUCUGAGUGUUGGAUGACUGGCUGGGGGGAAGUGGGAAAUGGUGUACCACUGCCAUUUCCAAAAACCCUUCAACAGCUGAGCAUUUCCAUCAUGCCUUGGAGGACCUGUAACGAGACAUAUCCUCAGAUAGCCCGUGAUACACUUUGUGGUGCCAACAGGAAGGGAAGGGAUGCCUGCAAAGGAAACUAUGGUGGUCCCCUGGUGUGUCGUAAAAGGAAGAAAUUUGUGCAGGUGGGAAUCAUGAGUCAUGGGAGUCCUGGCAGUUGUGGCCUCACCAACCAUCCUAGCGUCUAUACUGAGGUUGCAAAGUAUCUGACCUUCAUAAAUGAUUACAUCCACUUGUCUGAGAAACCUUCAGCUUUCCUGUAUUGCAAAGUCACUGCCUGUUAAUGGAAGCUUACCCUG